AUGAAUAGAAAAUACUCUGAUCGUCGAUCAUAUUCAUGGUCUGGACAAGCAAGACCAUACAUAUGUGAUUUUUGCGAGAGGGGUUUCUCCAACGCACAAGCUUUAGGAGGGCACAUGAACAUCCACAGGAAAGACAGGGCAAAGCUGCGACAAGCUAACCUAAAAGAAGAUGAUCGUGAAGACUCCACGUCCACCACUUCAAGGAAUCGGUUCGAGCAAGAUCUGAUUGAAUUGCCUUUUUUUGUUGAUUCCACGGUCGGUUCAUCAACAAAACAAGACAAAAAUACAAGUGGUGACGAUUUGGGAGAUGAAGAAGAGAAGAAAAUGAUGAAACUUCAAAAAGCUUUGUCCCACAGUGCAGAAGUGAUAGAUCUUGAGCUUCGUCUAGGACUAGAUCCUUAUAAGAAAUCACCAAGUACGUGA